AUGCCAUCAAUAUUCAAUCGAACCCCAGUCGAAGUUCGACAAAAAACCGAAAUCGAUCUUCUCAGAAGAAAAGUGACCGCACUGGAAAAGGAAAUUUCGGCAGAGAAGAAGAAUGUAGCUAGUUAUGUGAAGUCCGAAAAGGAUACUCUUGCAGCGUGGCGGAAAUACGUGGAGAAUUUAUUCAGGGGUCUGAGAGAGGAUUAUGCGAAUCUACAAGAGAGUUUGGAACGGACGGAAGCGAAUUAUAGGAAUAAAUUGGGAUUGCCUAGGUAUGAAAGGGAGGGAGUGGAAAAUAGUGGGGUGGGUAGAGAUGAUAAUCGGGAUGUGGAUGGUUAUGGAGCUCAGAGGAAUGAGUUCAGCAGAGAGAGUAAUCGGGUUGAGUCUGAGACUCAAGGAGAUCAGGGCUUUGGGAAUGGAGGAGUUGAAGAAGCUCAAUCAAAUACAGCUUGGGGAGGUGGGAAUGAAGAAGAGAAAAAUUAA